AUGAUAUAAAACUGGAUAGGGAAAUUAUUAUUUAAUAUUUGCGGAGAUCUGGUUGAGGUAUUUAUAUUAUUCUACAUAUAUUAAGGAUUUCCCUAAUAAUGAAAUUGAAAUAAAUAAAUGGUAAGGGGUUGGAGAAAAAAGAAACAUUAAGUUUAAAUAGAACAAAGUAAGAGAAUGGAUGAUGGAAUAUUUUGGAUUAAAUGUUGAUGUGAAAAGGGCUGAAAUAGAAUUAUUAUAAUUUAAAAUCCCUUGGAAUAGAAUUUGGAAAGAACCUACUAAAAUACUUGUGAAAGAUGCAUUUAUUUGUGUGUAAACCAGAGAAGAAUUCUCACUAGAAUUGAUGCGCCUAUAGUAUUAGAGUGACUUAAAAGAUUUCAUUGAGCAUUGCUAUAAAAAACUCUUCAAUAAUUUUACAAAUACUAAAAAGUAAAGCAAACUUAAAAGAGCACUUAAAAAUUUCUUUUCCGAAAUGAUUAUUUUAGAAGUCUAAAACUUCCAUUUGAGAUUAGAAGAUGAAAAUAAUGCUGUAAAACACAAUCGUGUAGCAUUAGGAGUGUUAUUUAAAACAUUGACUUUACAACCCUCUUAUAAUAAUAAAAAUGAAUAAGAAAUUAAAAGAAAAUUAGAUUUCUCAGUUGAAGCACUAAGUAUGUAUUUAAAAAUUGAACCAUCUUCUAAGCAAUCUAAUAGUCUAUAACCUGACUAUGUAGAAUAGCAAGUAACAAGUUAUUAUCAUUAUAGAAUGUUAUCAUAGAUCCAUUAUCAUUUCGAAUACUCAUACAUACCAAUUUAACUUAAUAAGAAGAAAUACCUUUAAAAUAUAUAGAAAUUUAAUUUGGCGAUGAUGUAAAUUUAUUAUCACUAAUUCCAGAUUAAAAUAAACAUUGAUAAUUAAUAAUUUUAAACAAUUCUUAAAUUGUUAAAAUUAAGAGAUUGGUAUUGCCAAUAAGGAGAUCAUCUACAAUAUAGACCGUAAUAUAAAUCUAGUCCGAAAGAUAGUCCUCUUGAAUGGCUUAUCUAUUGGAAAUAAAUUGUCACAGUAAUUAGGAGUAGAAUCAAUAAAUAAAAAAUUAAUCUUAAAUCUAAAAUGAGAAAUGAUUUGGUUAAAUGUAUCGUUGUUGACUUUCUUCACUAACAAUAUUAACAAAAUGAUGAUAAUCGAUAUUGUAUUGAUGAUUAAAUGAUAUUAUAUACAGAUAUGCUAUAAAAUAAGCAGUAAAUAGAAGACAAGCUACUCCAAGAAGAAAUUGAAUUAGUAUUCUACAAGGUAAAUAAAAUAUUAAACUCACCUGAAUAAUUAAAAGAUAUACUAGUAAAAAUGAAUUUGGAAUAACCCUAAUAAUAAGAGAAAAAACAAACGAUUUGGUCCUAUUUUUGGAAAUAAAAGCAAUAACCUGAAGAAGGGACAGAAUUUCAAUCUAAAUAUGAGAAAUUGUACACUUCAAUAAGUUAAAAUGAAAAUAGAUGUUUGAAAAGAUUAGAGAUAUAAAUUUCAAAUAUAUUGGUAUUAUUUUAUUAAACUUAGAUUCACUUAAAAAUUGCUUAAGAAAGGUCCACUGUUUUUAUGAAAAUCGAAUUAAAAGAAUCCCUAUUGCAGUAUGAGUCAUUUUUAAAGAUCCGAAAAUUUAUAUUGAAGCUAAAAAGAAUUACCGCAUAUGAUUGCUUAAACCCUAAUAAAGAUUUUUAAACGAUAUUUUGUUAUCAUUCAUAUAUUGAGAGAUCUUAGAGGAAUUAAUAUUUAAGUUAAGACUAAUCACAAAUAGAAAUUUCAUUUGAAUAUAAUAAAGAAGCUCAUAAAUCUCUUUUUAAAGUGAAAUCAUUACCUCAUUUAAUGUCCUUGAAUGAUACAGUUUUAGCACGCCUACAACCAUUUCUAAAAUAACUAAGAAAAAAUGAUUAUUUCUACGACAUUGUCUUCAUAAGUUAGGGUAAUUUCAAGAAAAGUGAAUUCAUAAAUGUGAUAUCAAAUCUUUGCAAAUCAAAUCGUUUAAUACUAGAUAUUAAUAUAUCUCAUGUUACAAUUCGAAUUCCUGAGAGUGCAAUCAAAACUAAUUGUCCAGUCCUUGAGAUUACCCUUGAAAACUACCUAUUGUAAUUUCUUAACACAGUUACACAGUAAAUAAAUAAGUUUGCUAUUAACUUUUAAUAUGUUGAAAAAAAUUGCAAAUAAUCCAUUCACAUCUUGCAGCCGGUUUCAAUCACCACUAAAGUUGUUUAAUUAUAAAACUAAGAUGAACAGAAUAAAUUGAAUGAACUUACAGAUUUAGUGUUAGAAAAUAAAAUUAGUGAUAUCCUCAUUACAAUUCCAAUAUUAAAAACUGACUUUUUUAAGAAUUUUAUUUACAACGUUUUAGGAACAUUAGAUAAUUUAAAGAAGAUUUCUAUUUUUUUAUAAAAAGAAGAUUCUGUUAAUUAAUCAUCAUCAGUUAACUCUGUAAAUAGAAGGAAAAGAUCUAGAUCUUGGUCUUAGUAAAGAGAUUAGUCAUCAAGAAGGGAAGAUUGCUCAUCUCAAACUAGUGAAAUAUAUUAUGAUGCUGAAGAAUUCAUAAAUAUUCCCUUCAUUUAAUCUAUUACAUAGAGUAGAUAACAAAUAUCACCUUAAGAAAAGAGAGAAGAAAUGCUAAAAAAGUGGAACAAAAUUAGGAUUAAUCUGAAUUAUUUGGUUAACAAAAUAUUUAAAGAAGCUGAUCCAAAAAUUAGCCACUUUCUAGAGUCCUUAAGAUUAAAAGCAGUAUUUGAAUUACAGAAAUUCUAAAUUAAAGUUGCAAUAUAAAAAAAUAAUGAAAGAAACUCAUAUUUUUAUAUCGAUAAUAUUAAUGUGACUAUUGAAAAGGCAUUUAAAGUGAAACAUUUCGGAUUUCAGCUAGAAAUAAACACAAUCACAUUAUCAAUUUAUAAAUUACAUUAAUUGAAAUAACUAAAAAAAUAUUCAGGUCCAUAAUCAGAUGACAUAAUGGCCCAUAUAAAUGAAGAUAUGCUCAAUUUACUUCCGUUUUUAUUAAGAAUAAAAGAGUUGCAAAUUUAUUAUUUAAUAUCUGUUAAAGAGAUUAAAUUAGAAUUACAAAAUAUUAAAGAAGCUAAUUAAAAUUAUCUAACAACAUGUUUAAGUAAUUUCAACCUUUAAAGUUAACUGCCUUUUAAAAUAAUGUAUAAGGAAAAACUAUCUGAUAAACCUUUCUUUUUAGAAAUAAAUAAUUCUGUAUCAUCAUGGGAUACUACAUGUGAUUGCAAAUUUAUUAUGAAUAUAUUAUAUUACAAUGGAAAACUAAAAUAAUAUGAACCUAUUUUAGAUACUUGCGAGGCAAUAAUUACUUUUUAGAAAAGUUCUGAGGAGCUUUGUUUUGAAACAAAAUUUACCUAAUUGUUAUUUAAUAUUACUCCAUAACUCAUAUUUACUCUUUAUUCAUUGAAUCAGCAUUCAUUAUAAAUUAAAUAGUUCUUAUUGUAAGAUUUAAAUAAUUCAUAAGAUUAAAUAGUUGUAAAGUAAAAUUUGACUUAGAAAUUUGAAAUAGAAAUUGAACAUGAUAAUGCAAAAUUGUUAGUCGAUUAAAUUGAAAUUUAGCAUUCUUAUCACUAUAAAACUAAAUAUAGAAUUCAAUUAUAGACUGCUAAUUCUGACGAUGAAGUUUCUAAUGAAAAGAUAACCUAACAUUCAAGGCAUGUCACAUUUCAUGAUCAAGAUCCAUCACCAUAAACGAAAUAAUAAUAAACACCAAGUUUUAAAAAGCAAACUUCAUUAUUAGAAGAGGAAAUCCUUUAAGAUUAAUCAAAUGAGAAAGAUACAAUUAAAAGAAUUGCUAGUGAAAUUGAUGUAUCUGAAAAGCAGCGUUUUGUGACAGAGAUUUUAGGAGAUUACUUACCUAUUGAACAGAGCACAAAGUACAUUUUUGUUAAUCUAACAGUUCAAAAGUUAUUAUUCAACUUAAAUGGAAUUGAAUAAUACAUAAAUGAAAAAGAAAGCAAGUUUGUUAGAUGUACUGAAGUUAUGGCAUUUAAGUUUACUUCAUAAAGGAAUUUUUUUCGAUAUAGUUCUUUAAUAAGAACAAAAGAAGAAAGAACUUACUUUUUGAAAACAGAUAAUAGGGAUCAUAAAUUGAAGACCAUUUAUUAUUUAUUAUCAAUAAUAAAUAGAAACUAAAAUCAAAUAAUAAUUUAUCAAAUUGAAUAAUUACCUAAAGCGCCAUAUUUGAUCAAAAACAAGUGUUCAUAACUUAUAAUAUUCUAUUAACAAAAUUUUGAAAAACAAUAAUGUGUUUUAGAACCUGGAAAGUCUUCUGGUUUUUGUUGGGAGGAUCCAUUUUAAGCUUCAUAAUUACAGUUAGAAAUUCAUUAUGAGGGCCAAACAAAACGAUUUUUAAUUGAUAUUGAUAGGUUCAAUAAUAAAGAAUUGUAAAUUGAUAAGUAAUUGGAUUCAACUAUUGAUAAAGAAUACAGUUUAGAAAUCUUCAACGAUGGAUUAUAAAAAGUUAUUGUUUUAGCUGAGGCUCAGUCUUUGAAAAAGAAAAAGAAAUCUUAUAAGAUAUCAUGUGAAUUGAUAGGAUUUUCAUUCAUUGAUGAAUGGGAAAUUUUAUAUGCAGAAAUUAAUAAUACUAAAUAUUUUUAGCAAUAAUAAUAGACUGAUAUAGUUACUUAUUAGAUUUCUGCUGAAAAUAUCUAGCUUGACGCAUGUGGAUUACCGAUACCAAAAAGAUAAUUAUAUAUUGUAAAUAAUUAGAUAAACAAUCUAAACAAAUCUUUUGGUUAAAAAAAGUCUAUAACUUAAUCUUAAUUAACAUAGGAUACUUAAUAUGCUCUUCAAGAAUAAUUAAAAUUAAAGAUUAAAUAAAAAACAAUAUCUGAAAUAUUGGUUCAUUUAAAGUAUGUGAAAAUUAGAAUCCCAAAUUAUAAAAUAAUAAUUGAUAGUAAUCUAUUAUUACAAGUCUUUUCGUUCAUUAAACACACAAAAUUACUCUUAGAUGCUUUUGAUACUCCAAAAUAAAAGUCUAAAGCUAUUCUAUUAUAACAAUCCUUUGAAAAGCUGAACAAUUCAAAUAUUAGUGACAAAUAAAUUUAAAUCUAACCUAAAAAAAUUCAUAUUGAUAAAGUUAUAAUAAGACCAUUUUCGGUAAAGAUGAGAUUUAAGAAUUUAUUGAAUAUGGAAUAAGAACUUAAAACUUUACAUCAUCAAGCAGGGUAAUCAAUUUUCUUAUUAUAAUUAGUUUGAUCACUUUUGUGCUAAAUCAAUUUCAGCAAUUGAACCUUGAAUUUUAGCAAUAUGUUAAAACUGAUUAUUAAUAAUUUAUGGAUGCUAAUUAUGAACUUCAUAUUAAAGCUUUAUUUAAUGUUUUUGGCGAGUCCAUAAAUUAAUAAGUAUGAAAUUUUAUAUUUUUAGAUAAGAUGUCAAGUAAACCCAACAAAUUUUUUAAAAAAUUAAGGAAAUUUAGCAAAAUAAUUCAUCACAGAAUUAAAAAAUUUAUAAAAUGAAAUGGAUAAAAAUGAUAUAUUUUAAGGUGGCUUGCCAGUUAAAUUUUAACUGCUUUAAACAUUUUGUGCUAUUAGUAAAUCUCUUUAUGAUGCAGCUCAAGAGACUUUUGUAUCUGUGUUAUUGGGAAUUGGAAAGUAUUGUGAAACUUCAUAGCCUGACCAAACAAUUUAGAGAACAUCCUUUUCAAAUAAAUUAUCAAAAUUGUUUAGAAGGGUGUCAGAUUUUUAAUUUAAAAGUUAGACUACAUUAGAAAUUUCUUUCCAAAUAUUAAUUUCUAAAUUAAAAACGAGGAGAUAUCCUAAAUAUAUCCAUAAAAACAGAUAAAUUACUUCAUAUAAUGAAGAUUUAUCAAAGUUUUAACUGUAUAGAUUAUGGAAAUUAGGACUUGAUUAAUAAUUUGAUAAUUUUUAAUUGUCAUUGAAUUGCUACUUAUUUUUAUCAAACUAAUUGUUCAUAUUAUUGGAUACUUAAUACAACUAAAUUUUGUUAGAGAUGAAUUAACGAAUGUUUCAAUCAAUAACAAACUCAAAUUCUACAUGUGUCAUUAAAUAUUAGAAAUCUAAUUUAAACAAGUAGGAAGGAGAUGAUGAUAUUGGAAUGAAGCAAUUAAAAGUAGAAAAACUCAUGUUAAAUUUUACGAUAGACGAAAAAAUAUUAUCAUCUAUUACUAAUAUAAUCAAGUCUAAUGUUGAAAUUCUUAACGUAAAGGAAAAUAAAAUAUUUAGUAUUAUGAUGCUAAUUUGA